AUGGAUGACACCAACGAUACAAGUUUUGUUGUUGAUGAAGUAUCAAAUGUCAUCAAAGAGUCGAUUGAAGCAACUGUUGGAUCUCAAUCGUAUCAACAAGCCAAAAUCAACACUUGGACAUCAAAUAUCGUCGAAGCAAUCCUCAAUUCGUUAACAAAAUUGAACAAGCCAUUUAAAUAUAUCGUUUCGUGUGUAAUCAUGCAAAAGAAUGGCGCCGGAUUACACACGGCAAGCUCAUGCUUUUGGGAUAAUACAACAGAUGGAUCAUGUACCGUUCGUUGGGAAAAUAAAUCCAUGUAUGCUAUCGUCUCCGUCUUUGGCUUAUCGAUCUAA